UAUUUUAAUUACCAUUAUUGAUAUUUUAUUUUUAUCUAAACUUAACAGAAAAAAGGAGAUACCGUAAAUAGCUAAUAACUUGGUUAUUGAUAUAAUGUUUCAUAAAAUCAUGCCUUUUAUCCCCGAAGGGGUAGGCAGAGGUGUACAUUAAUGUUACACCCACUUUUCACUAUUUGUGUUAUGA